CUAGCAUAGACCGCCUCAGUAUCCAUUGUUUUCAAUGCGUAAGGCAUAUGAUAAGUUGCCUAUCUAUUUUUUCAAACAGAGCAAGACAACUCAUACUUCUUCAGACGUCGAUCAAACAUCAUCAUUUGCGGAUAAAGGGCGAGGCAAUCCACAAAUAUUGCACCUGAGGUAUUUGAACAUCAUGAAUUCCAAGCUCAUCGUUGUCUUUCUUCUGUGCGCCAUCCUGGUCGUCUCCGUGACCUCAAGGCCUGAACGUUCGUGGGAUGAUUUGGACGGGAUAGAGGAAUACGAAGAAAAACGGACUUUCAAACGAGGAUGCUCGGACUACAAGUCGUCGACCUAUUGUAAUAGUGUGAAAUCACGCAAUGAGUGUGGUAUCUCAAAGUACAGAUCGUAUUGCCGAAAGUCAUGC